AUGGCGGAGCCGGGGUCGACGCCCCCGAACGGGUCCGCGCCGGCGACGCCCGGUACGCCGGCACCGCUGUUCUCCGGCGGGCCGCGGGUGGAUUCGCUGUCGUACGAGCGCAAGUCGAUGCCGCGGUGCAAGUGCCUGCCGGCGGUGGAGGGGUGGGGCAUUGCGACGCACACCUGCGUCGUCGAGAUCCCCGCGCCGGACGUCUCGCUCACCCGCAAGCUGGGCGCCGAGUUCGUGGGCACGUUCAUCCUCAUCUUCUUCGCGACGGCGGCGCCGAUCGUGAACCAGAAGUACGGCGGCGCGAUCAGUCCCUUCGGGAACGCGGCGUGCGCGGGGCUGGCGGUGACCAUCAUCAUCCUGUCGACGGGCCACAUCUCCGGGGCGCACCUCAACCCGUCGCUCACCAUCGCGUUCGCGGCGCUGCGCCACUUCCCCUGGCUGCAGGUGCCCGCGUACGUGGCCGUCCAGGUGCUGGGCUCCAUCUGCGCCAGCUUCGCGCUCAAGGGCGUCUUCCACCCGUUCCUCUCCGGCGGCGUCACCGUGCCCGACGUCACCAUCUCCACUGCCCAGGCCUUCUUCACCGAGUUCAUCAUCUCAUUCAACCUCCUCUUCGUCGUUACCGCCGUCGCCACAGACACACGCGCCGUGGGUGAACUCGCCGGAAUCGCAGUCGGAGCGGCCGUAACGCUGAACAUCCUCGUCGCCGGGCCGACGACGGGCGGGUCCAUGAACCCGGUGAGGACGCUGGGUCCGGCGGUGGCGGCGGGGAACUACCGGCAGCUGUGGAUCUACCUGCUGGCCCCGACGCUGGGCGCGUUGGCGGGGGCCGGCGUGUACACGGCGGUGAAGCUCAGGGACGAGAACGGCGAGACGCCGCGCACGCAGCGCAGCUUCCGCCGCUGA